UUCCUGCGUUGCAAGGCUUUCUGUUAAGGAUUUAUUGUGGCCUUUGUUUGGAUUGCAGCAUGCAGAAUUGCAGCUGUUCAGAGGAGACUCAUUACAACUCCUGCUGAAGCUCCUAAUCUCCUCUCUCCUUCUGCCCCUUCCCCCUACCCUCACUUGGCCUGAAGACAUUGUCCCCAGAGUUUGUCUUACUUCCCUGGUGCUAUGUGUAUGGUGAAUCUGGCACUAUGGCCUCAUCUGGGACUGGCCAGACAACUGCUUUUGGCUCUCCCUAUUCCGAGAAGGAUUUAAAGGGGAUUUACACUGCAGGCAAUGCACCAGAGAAGCAUCAUCGGGAGCUUGGGGACUAAGGCUCCUCUGGCAUUAUUACUCACAUGCAAAGCUGACCGCAAUGACAGCAGCUGCUCCUUUGAAAUGUUGGCAGCAGCCAAGCGGCAGCAUGAAGUAAGAGAUCGCUCCUGAGCUCAAGAUGAACUCCACCUUGGAUGGUAAUCAGAGCACCCACCUUUUUUGCCUCUUGCCAUUUGACUACUUGGGAACUGUCAGUUUUUGCCUUUUGGAAGUGCUGAUUAUUGUCUUUCUAACUGUAUUGAUUAUUUCUGGCAACAUCAUUGUGAUUUUUGUAUUUCACUGUGCACCUUUGUUGAACCAUCACACUACAAGUUAUUUUAUCCAGACAAUGGCAUAUGCUGACCUUUUGGUAGGGGUAAGCUGUCUAGUCCCUUCUUUAUCACUCCUCCACUACCCACUUCCAGUAGAGGAGUCCUUGACUUGCCAGAUAUUUGGUUUUGUAGUAUCAGUUCUGAAGAGUGUCUCCAUGGCCUCGCUGGCCUGUAUCAGCAUUGAUAGAUACAUUGCCAUCACUAAGCCUUUAAGCUAUAAUACUCUGGUUACACCCUGGAGACUACGCCUGUGUAUUUUCCUGAUUUGGUUGUACUCUACCCUGGUCUUCCUGCCUUCCUUUUUUCACUGGGGCAAACCUGGAUAUCAUGGAGAUGUCUUUCAGUGGUGUGCAGAGUCCUGGCACACUGACCCGUACUUCACCUUGUUCAUCGUGAUGAUGUUAUAUGCCCCAGCAGCCCUCAUUGUCUGCUUCACCUAUUUCAACAUCUUCCGCAUCUGCCAACAGCACACAAAGGAAAUCAGCGAAAGGCAAGCCCGCUUCAGCAGCCAGAGUGGGGAGACUGAGGAAGUACAGGCCUGUCCUGAUAAGCGUUAUGCCAUGGUCCUGUUUCGAAUCACUAGUGUAUUUUAUAUCCUCUGGUUGCCAUAUAUCAUCUACUUCUUGUUGGAGAGUUCCACUGGCUACAGCAACCGCUUUGCAUCCUUCUUAACAACCUGGCUUGCUAUUAGUAACAGUUUCUGCAACUGUAUCAUUUACAGUCUGUCCAACAGUGUUUUCCAAAGGGGACUGAAGCGCCUCUCAGGAGCUGUGUGUGCUUCUUGUGCAAGUCAGACUACAGCCAAGGACCCUUAUACAGUUAGGAGCAAAGGCCCCCUUAAUAGAUGUCAUGUCUGAAGUAGCUCAGAUACUCAGUCACUUGGGGGAGGGGGAGGUAUUUUAGCUUUAUUUUUCCCUUGUUAUCUCUUUGUAGCCCUAGUUCACUAGGAAGUCUGGGACAGUAUUAUUUGGCUCUAAAUAGUAGCAUGCAGUCUAUCCAAAUACCUUCUAAGGUUAUAGAAAUGAUUUUCUGAACAUGAUUUUGAAUCACAAGAAUCAGGAUCAUGAAGAAAAAUUGCUCUUGAUUCCAGUUUUUGAAAUGUCAUGGAAAUGACUACAGUUCUCACAUUUAAAAGGAAUAAAGCCAUAUCUAACACCUUUCUCUAGCUGGCAUGACUGAACCUGGUGUGAAAAGCGUCAGUAUUUUAAAAAGUCAUCAUUUUCUUGUUGCUUUUCUGGAUUUUCCCAGUUAUUUAGAGUUCAUGGGCAAUUGAUAUCUUUUAACAGAGAACAUUAAAAUAUACUGGUGAAUUAACAGGAUUUUUAUUUUUUAUCUAUGCCAAAAUAUAAGUACACUGCAAGUUUCAACACUGUCAUUGAGGUACCUAAAUGUUUUCUGUUGUAGUCUCUUAAGAGAAUUCUUAACAGGGAGAAUAAUGAACAUAACUUUUAGAAUUUUGCAAAGGACUGUGAAGCAAAAAUGAAGUCAAGUAAUACAAUUUUAUAAAAAGCUGAGCUACAUUUUGUGCUAUGCUUCCCAGAAAUCUAAAGAUAUGUGUGCAUAGAAGUGAUUGUGUUGCAAUACUUUUUCCUGUGCCUGUGUGUUUGAAUAUACUGAGAAUAAUUGGAUUAAGUUUCACUUCUGUAACAAACUGUGUUUAAAUAAGUGAAAAACAAUUUAAUGAUAGACUGAUAGCUGUCUAUUUAUAAUGGUGAAGAUAUAUAAAAAUGUGACUUUAGUGUUACCUGUUUUUAUCCAAAGAUUUUUGAAAUAUUAGAACAUUAAGGAGAAAGGUAUCAGAAAAACAGCUGAGUCAGAAAAAAUAUACUGUUGGUAGAGAUACAUAUCUCAGUGGUAGAGUGCAUGCUUUGCAUCCACAAAGCUCUGUGUUCUAUCCCCAG